AAAAAAAACAACAACUUGAACUGAUCCAUAAAAAAUAGUACCCCUCGGCCUCCGCCGACUUUCCUUAGCCCGUUCACCCUCGUCCUCCAUCGUCCACUUGCCGCCAUCCUCCAAAAAAUCCACAAAGGUUGAACCCAAUUGAGUCGCGUGAUGGCCAGAGAACGAAUCAUAUCGCUCCGGCAUUUAUCGCAGGAGUACCAUGGCAUCACACCGGACGGAUCGCCGGCCCAAGACGACCCCCGAAGAGAGAGCCGACUGCAAGCUGCGUCGAGGGGUGAGGAGGAGGGGAACACAAUAGAUGAAGAGGCCGAGAGGCUACUGAGUCCCGAUCCCAGACGGUCCGGGUCGAGGCCGCCGAAGCUAGUCGUCGAGGACUAUUCCUUGCCGCCCACUGAUCAUCGUCGCCGGCCCGGCAUGACUGGAGGAGAAAGAGAAGAGAAGAAGAGCCGACACUCUCCACUCAUCAAGUCAUCUGGUGGCCCCGACAUUCAUGAACACCCAUCCAUCGUCACUCAGCAUGAGGUUGAUGAGGACGAGGACGACCGCAGAACCCUGGCGACUGCCGAUGAUCAGUACGACCAUCCGCUCCUCAAGCAUGUCUGGGCCGAUCCCGACGGGCCCAUCGUUUCCGCCGCCGGCCAACCGGAUAUCGACGCCGAGAAGGCUGCCCGGUUCCCGCUCGAAGCGGGGGACAUGGGCCACUUCAUGAACCAAGCCUCUAAAAUAUCCACAAGGAUCGACGGAUUGGAGGCCCAGCUGCUCGAAAACUCGCCCAGCUUCUCCAACGAUCCGGCCUUCCGAACGGCCCUAUACACCCAAAUCGACCACCACGUCGUCCAACAAAUCCUGCUCCUCCAGGCCACCCAUCGUCUAGAUUCCAGUCCUUCAUUCUCUCCUGACAUUGGUGAUGAUAAUGAUCAUCAUCAUCAUGAUUGGAAGACGGUUGAGAAGAGGAGGUUGACGCCUAGUACCCUCGAAAUCGAACAUGCUCUUAAAGUCGAACAGAUCGUCGCAUUGAAGACUAAGGCCAAAUCGCUAGUCUCGGGGAUGAUCGGACGACUGAAGGAUGAGAAGCAGAUCACGACGAACCAGAUCGAGUACGAAUGGAACAAGGAGCUCAGCCAAGGCUCGGCGAGCUCGCGACACUCCCGAAGCGUCUCGACCAUCGUCGUCCCCGACGCUCGCAAUCCCUCCAUCGACUCUUCGCCCGUCUCGCCUGACCUCCAACUGUUCGAGAAACUCCAGCAGAUCGACCAUCUUCCUCGCGCCUCUAAAUCCUACUCUGAGGAAGUCCAAAAAAUCUUGAAUCUUGCGGUACGAUCCUCGACAUCGUAUCCCGAAGCGCGAAAGUCGAGUCUAUUCAUCAGAUCGAAGGUCGAUUCGGUCCUCCAAAUCCACGCCGAAGUCGACCAACUGAACCGCUACCUCGUCCAAUUGUCCUCUGAUUGUUCACGCCAGUAUGGACAUGAAGGCACGAGUUCUGAAGAAGACGAAGAAGAUGAUGACUUGUCGAGCAUAAGCAUCAGUCUAGACGGGCUUGAGGACGAAGACAAAGGCCGUCUCGAGCCGCAGAUAUCCGGCCGGAAGACCAACAAGAUCCGAUUCAUGCUCGGCGACCGGCCCAAAAAAAACCCGCAAAGUCGCUCCAGCUUUGUCGAAGAUCUCGAAAACAAUCGGGUCGGCAAUAAGGAGCCCCAGUGUCAUCGGCUUUCGUAUGGCUCAAACAGCUCCUAUCCCAUCUCUUUCCAUGACAAUCGGUCUUGGCUGGUUAGAUAUCGUCUCACCGUCUGUUGCUCCAUUUUGGCCUUUGUCCUUCUGAUCUCCAUGGCCUGUCUCAUCUACUUCAACCUCAAAUCUCACAACGACUAAUCUUGCCCUCUCUCUCUCUUUCUCAUCUACUUCCCUUCGACGAACUUCACACGAAAAACCUUCUGGUGGUUGUAAGAAGAUUUCUCUCUUUGGCUGUCCUUUUUCCUCUUUUUUUCCCGCUUCUCUUUUUUUUGGUCCCUCUUGAUUUCUUCUCUAGAGUUCAUCAAACAGACAAUCUCAAGUAUCAUCGUUCCUCUUUU